AUGAAUCAGACCCACAAAGUUGAUAACUACAAAUGGAAACACCCAAUAGCCGGAACGAUUCAACCAUCCAUGUAUAAUAGCUGUCCAUCGGGGAAUCUCAAUGGAAAGUUAAUCAUAACAGAAAUUCAAUAUAUUGCACGUUAUGGCUAG